AUGGAGAAACGGUUUGGCAUUAGUGGAAUUGUGCUAAAUUGGUUUGAAUCUUACCUAUCUAAUAGGAGCCUGUUUGUGAAUAUUAAUGAUAUGAGAUCUGCAACUCAUGACGUUAACAUUGGAGUUCCUCAGGGUUUAGUCUUAGGCCCGUUAUUGUAUCUUAUCUACACUUCACCUCUGGCAGAAAUUAUCAACAGAUAUGACCUUAAGUAUCAUUUGUUUGCAGACGAUGCACAAAUCUAUAUCUCCUUUAAAACCACAGACGUUACUACAUCGAAACAACGCGUCGAGGACUGUGUAGCUGAAAUUGGUCAUUGGAUGAAUAGUAAUGAGCUUAAACUCAAUCAUGAUAAAACUGAAAUUAUGUUGAUACAUUCAAGCUAUCGUAACAAACCACUUAUUGAUGAUUUUAACAUUGAACUUGAGAAAGUGCCUCUCACUGCUACAUUUGUUAAAAGUUUGGGUGUUUUUUUCUAUGAGCACAUCAUGUUUGAUAGCUAUGUUGCUGAUAAAUGUAAAUCUUUCUUUUACUAUCUGAGGAACUUAUCAAGGAUUCGCAAAUAUCUGACGAAAGAGACUGCUGCAAUUGUUGUACACGCUUUUGUUACAUCGAAGCUAGACUACUGCAACUCUCUUCUGUUUGGCUUACCGAAGUACCAAAUGAAAAGGUUACAGUAUGUCCAAAAUACAGCCGCUAGAAUUGUUUGUCGGAUUGCCGGUAAAUAUGAACAUAUCACUCCAGUUUUUGUGGAUCUGCAUUGGUUGCCAGUACAUUACCGCAUAGCUGCAGUUUUUAAACUUUUAUUACUAGUUUAUAAAACAAUUAAUGGCAUGAGUCCGAGGUAUCUGACUGAUCUAUUACAGUUUCGUGAAUCCUCAAGAUCACUACGAUCUGUAUCGAAUGAACUCUUAAGUCAACCGAGGACAAUUACGAAGACAUAUGAUGAUAAUAAAGCUUUUUCAGUUUGUGCACCUAGACUUUUGAAUAUUUUACAAUUAAAUAUUCGCAAGUCAUCUAGUGUUUAA